AUGGCGCGAAACGAACGUAAGGCAACCCAAGCCAAAGCUCACAAAAGCAAUCCGCACUAUCGCACUUUAAAGAAGAAAAGAGGUUACAACUCUGAGAAUGAGCAAAUUAAUAUGGCUCUGGAUAAUAUUUCCAGUCUCAAGCUCAAGGAUAAGCAGGAAAGUUCCGACGACGAUUCUCCAAAAUUCACCCUUUUCAACGCCCUUCCCUCGGAGCUGCGAAUCAUGAUCUGGAAAGAGGCACUUCACAUCGAAGAAGUACUCAACAUCAAACCCGACUUUUACACCAGUCUAUCUUGUCGUAAGUCCGCAAGCAAAGCUAGAUUGAUGAAUGUAAAUCGAGAAGCAAGAGCAGAAGCCCAGAAAGUCCUCAAGCAGUUUCGAGGUCGGGGACUGUUCAAUCCAGAGACAGACGCAGCCUGGUAUUCUGUACUAUUCCUCUGCAAUGAAGCUGGUUUGGCAUUUCUCGAUAGAGAUCUAGUCAGAAAGAUCAGCGUGUCAACGGAGUACCUAGCUGGCGUCGAUGUUACGCGGCGUGCCCGGGAUAUCGAGAGUGUAUACACCGAUAUUGCCAUUCUGUGCAAGUCCUUGAGCGGAAACUUCGAGGUUGUGAUCUUGCUGGGAUCCUUGGCUCUGGACACCUAUGGAGUUGUUCUUUCUGAGUAUGGUCCGCCGUGUAUGGGACCUGAAGAGUAUUGCGAGGUUUAUGGUCGAUGGGAUUUACAGUACGGCAACUGGGAGGAUAUGGAAGAGGGGUUCCUGAAGCAAAUGCGCAUUUGGAAGAAACAUGAAGGAGGGAAGUGGGAGAAUUUCAUUAAUGUUGGUUGGGACGAGAGAGUCAUCAACUCAAGUGGUCUAUGCCCUGCAGGAGAUGUCAGAAAUCUGACCCUGCCUUCUAAAAUAUCAUUCCGGCAGGUAAAUGCUGUCAAUAAGUUUCGCUACUAG